CUAACGUUACUGUCAAUAAAUAACUAUAUUAUACCUAUUUAAUGUUUAUACGUUCAGUUUAUUAAAUUACAUAUUUUUUUUAAUACAAGUCAAAUGUUACUCACCAUAAAAUUAAAUCAACUACUAAUAACAUUGGUCUUUACAUCUAUACUUGAUGAAAUCACAGGAGUACAAUAUAAAAAUCUUUUGAAAAGGAGUAAAUCAACGAAUGAGGCAAAAAACAAAAAAAAAAUUGGACCGAGAAAAAUAGAAAUGGAAGGGAUUUGUGAAACCCUCGGAGACUACUACAAUCAAUACACACCAAUUAAAGAUUUUAUUGAAACUAAAGAAGGAAAUGGUCUAAAAACCCGCUUAAAAGCAAAGAAAAAACAACAUAGAACCCAAAAUUGUGGUGACUCAAAAGACUAUAAUGCAUUUACAACUUUCGUAACGAAUAAACAAUUAUCGAGGACAGCAGGAGGAUGUGAUUUAAUCAAGCCUCAAAUACCAUCAGUACCCGAUCAUAAAUGUGAAUCAUUUGAGAAAUAUUUAAUUCAAUUUGGUGUUAAAGUGUGUUAUAAUUUUUAUAAACAUAUAUUUGGUAUAAAUGAAAAGGAAAAAAGAAAUAAAUUUUCAAAAAUAUUGACUAGUUAUCUAAAAAGCCGUGUUAAAAAACAUGAAGCAAUCAAAGAUAAAGAACUCAAGGCGAAGGAUGCGUUAAAAAUUGAAAAAAAAAUUAAAUGGUACUAUAAAAUAUUGUGCAAUAAAGUUAUGCCACAUUAUAAUUUAUUUUACAUAUUUUAUACUCAAUAUUCAAAGGCUAAAGAAUCUAAGGGUCAUAAAACUACUGCAAGUUGUGAUUAUUUUAAACGCAUAGGUACCUGAGAAUAAAAUAAACGGGGAGUUAACAAAUCAACCAUAAAUUAUAGAUCCGUGUUAAGGUGAAAAAACUUUUAGAAAGGUAACAAUAUAGGCACAUAUUUUAUGUUUAAUUUUUUUUAUUACAUCCUACAUGGCUUAAUAUUAUGCAUACAUUAUUAUAACAUUAACCGAGUUUUACUGUAAAACUAAAGAAUAAAAUAAAGACAAGUAAUUACAUGAUAAUAUAUACCUAACUACUUA